AUGGCGGCUUCUGCCCUCCUGAAGAGCCGUGUGCGGCGGCCAUCGUACUUGAGCAAGCUUGCCAAGGCUGAGGAUCUCAUCCACCACUUCCCCCAUGGCGCGUACAUCGGCUGGUCCGGAUUCACCGGUGUUGGUUACCCUAAGGCCAUUCCCGUUGCUCUUGCCGAUCACGUCGAGAAGAACAACCUCCAGGGAAAGCUGAAGUACAACCUGUUCGUGGGUGCCUCUUCCGGUGCCGACACCGAGAGCCGCUGGGCCCGCUUGAACAUGAUUGAGCGCCGCACUCCUCACCAGGUCGGAAAGGAGAUUGCCAAGGGAAUCAACAAUGGUCAGAUCAAGUUUUUCGAUAAACAUCUGAGCAUGUUCCCCUCGGAUUUGGUCUAUGGCUGGUAUACUCUGAACAGAGAAAGACCUACUAUCGAUGUCGCUGUCAUUGAGGCCACCGCCAUCACCGAAUGUGGUGGCAUUAUUCCCGGUGCCUCCGUGGGUGCCUCCCCCGAGUUGAUCCAGAUGGCCGACAAGGUCAUCAUCGAGGUCAACACCUCCAUGCCUUCCUUCGAGGGUCUGCACGAUAUCACUUCCGCCGAGCUGCCCCCUGGACGCAAGCCCUACCUCGUCGUGAACCCCGAGGAUCGCAUCGGAACCAAGCACAUUCCCAUUGACCCCGAGAAGGUCAUUGCCAUCGUCGAGUCCACCACCCCCGACGUGACCCUCCCCAACUCCCCCGAGGACGAGGGCUCCCAGGCCAUCGCUACCAACCUCAUCGAGUUCCUCAAGCACGAGGUCAACCACGGCCGUCUUCCUCCCAGCCUUCUCCCCAUCCAGUCCGGUAUUGGCAACAUCGCCAACGCCGUCGUUGGUGGUCUCAGCAAGGGUGGUGCCGACUUCAAGAACAUGAAGGUGUGGACUGAGGUUCUCCAGGAUUCCUUCCUGGACCUCUUCGACAGCGGCAACCUCGACUUCGCCACUGCCACCUCCAUCCGUCUCUCCCCUGAUGGAUUCAAGCGCUUCUACGAGAACUGGGACAGCUACGCCCCCAAGAUCCUCCUCCGCUCGCAGCAGGUCUCCAACUCCCCCGAGAUCAUUCGUCGUCUCGGCUGCAUUGGCAUGAACACCCCCGUCGAAGUCGACAUCUACGCUCACGCCAACAGCACCUGUGUCAUGGGCUCCCGCAUGCUGAACGGUCUCGGUGGUUCCGCCGAUUUCCUGCGCAACUCCAAGUACAGUAUCAUGCACACCCCCAGUGCCCGUCCCACCAAGACCGAUCCCACCGGUGUCAGCUGCAUCGUUCCCUUCGCCACCCACAUCGAUCAGACCGAGCACGACCUCGACGUGAUCGUCACCGAGCAGGGUCUCGCCGAUGUCCGCGGUCUCUGCCCCCGUGAGCGUGCCCGUGUCAUCAUCAAGAACUGCUCCCACCCCGACUACACCCCCAUCCUGACUGACUACCUCGACCGUGCCGAGUUCGAGUGUCUGCGCAAGGGUAUGGGCCACGAGCCCCACCUGCUCUUCCAGGCCUUCAACAUGCACAAGAACCUCCAGGAGAAGGGUACCAUGAAGAUCGACUCUUGGGAGUAA